CGCUGAGUUUUUCUAUAUACCCAACCAACUCAGCUUGCAUUGCAUUUCGUUCGCGUUCGCGUACACUCAACCGCAGGAGUGUGGGAUCUUCAUCGUGAGGUGUGAAGAGAGAAAGUAUAGGGCCGCAAGUGCAUUUUGCAGUGAAGCGCAGAUAAAUUGCUAAAAAUUUGACCUCCUUCGACGGCAAAAGUGUGCAAAAACAUCGAAAAACCGCCUGGACGCGUUCGAAUUAAGGUAUCACGCAGUGGCAGCGAUGGUGACGAAUCUCUAGAGCAGGUGUGGAAUUAAGUUAGUUUAGAAGACGACGGAAGAGAAGUGCGGCUGGCGGACAGUGGAUCGGUUUUACUACGCUGCGAGGGAGUAGCUGCUGCGGGGAGUACCCCACAGGAAUAUAACCACUACAGGAACGGACGUCCGAAGCUGCCAAAAUGAGUUUCUUCACCUCCUUUCAGGAUCUUCUGGAAUUUGACCACUCGACAAACCUGAAUGGAUUUCACUUCUCCAACAGUCUGUUCGGAUUCGAUUCAAAUUCGGUUCCCGCGCUGGAAAACCUUCCGCCUCCGCCUGCACUAGAUCCGUCGGCGCUGGUAACCACAAAUUCAAGAGCUUCACUGAAAACUCCUUCGCCCAUACCGGAACCCCCACUACUGCUGGAAACCCCAAAACACUACCAGUUCGUUCAACCACUGCAGCCUCAUUCACAGUCACUGCAACAGCAGUCAACAACACCACAGCAUCAACAGCAGCAUCAUCAUCAGCAGCAGCAGCAGCAGCAGCAACAACAGAAACAACCACAACAGCUAACCCCACAGCCACAACAGCAGGCUUCGCCUGCUCCAAUAGUGUCCAAGUUUCAGCUUAAAGUCACUCCCAAUAACGAAAUAUACAUCUCGAACGAAUCGGGCACCUUUUGCGAAUUGGCAGGCAGUUUCGUUCCAUCUCAGAGGCCGCAACCGAGGCCGAUUCUGCAAACGCCGCCUCCCAUCGUCGAGACAAUUCCUGCACCAGCUAAACAUCUGGUAAACCACUUUCAAACAGUGCUCUGUAACUCACCGUCACCCGAGCCGCCCGUCCCCAAGACACUGUUCUACAUUGAAAAAGGCAUCAAGCGACCACUCUCUCCUUCCGACCAUCGGUACAGCAAUUCGGGUAUUUUUCGAUCGUCCUCGGUCGGUGCGUCUCCACUAAAGAAAAAAUCUACCUCCACUACCAACAGCGAUGGCCUUUGCAAUGGGGGCGGCGGCGGCGUGGCUGGAACGGACGAUAGCCAACCGGCCGCCAAGCUGGUCGUUUCCACUGUCAUCAACAACGGAUUGAUCGUAAACAAGAAGCACCUAUCUACGAGCGAGGAACAAUCGGCGAUUCCGAUUACUCCGGAGCGUCGCAUAAUGAGAACAAAAAAACGCAAGAAGAAACCGGCUCAGAAGGUUUUACUAGCAGCCAAAGUCGAACCACUUAAUGGGCGAAUUGUGGCACGAGUUGCACCGGAACCGAUCAAACCGUUGGGUGUCACCACUAUUAGGAAACUUUCGACCGAACCCGGUGUUGCGGGCAAACGAUUUACGACGGCAGGUGCAACCAUGAACAAUUUGAAGGGUAAUUGUUUCACAUCGGUAGCCAGCCAGGUGAACUUGUCACCUGGUGGGGCCGUUGCUGUCAUGGAAAAUGCUCUAAAUUUCUCCGGCAUCAAAGAAAAAGCAGCCCAGGAAGCGAUUUUUGUUGAACGAAAUGAGAAGAUAGCAGCGGCGUCACUGAAAUCGGAAGCUGUACAGCCACCAGUGCACAAGGAAAGCAACCUGCGAGUUAUCGAUUCGACUGAGAUUGGGUUGGUGCCUGGGGAGACGGUUUCCAGUCCGCCACCGGUAGAGCUGAAGGUGGUUGCGGAUUUGGUGAUGGACAAAAAUGUGUUUGGACAUGUUUCACUGCUGAAUAAUACCCAUGAUCGUGGCAAAACGGUGAUUUAUCAAAAUCCAGUGACCAGCACGAACGUAAUCUACAGCAUUUUGAACCCUAAAUCACUGAAUCUAAGUUUGGCAGGUACCGGGCGCGGUACGUCGGCCACCCUUACUCUACAGCCACACCGUGGAAGUCGAAAGCCGAAAAAGCGUGGUCGUAAGAAGAAGGUUCUCCCGGAGGCUGGACCGAAUGCAGACGGUACUAUUAACGGACAGAAUACGACUGCCGUAAAUGCGGAACUCUCAAAACCUCUCGAUCCGGACAUUCCGGUUUCGGUGACCCGUUCCGGACGUCUCAGCAAACCACCGCGCUACGCGAACAACUACUUCCAGAAUAUCAAGCAGAAAACCGAACAUUCCCCACCCCCACCGCCGCCACUUCCACCGCCGGUUACCAGGUUGGAACUGCCAGCGCCGGACCCUGAGACGGCGGAAAAACUACCAAACUUCUCCGCUGCCCUCAGUUCCACCGUAAACCCUUCGAUGGCAGGAUCUGCCUUGUCGGUAACGCCACUCUCCGGUGCGGACGCCAAACGUAAAAUGAAGGUUCCCCUGCAAUAUCGCUGUUCGACCUGCAACAAAGUGUUCCUAGGGAAGCGAAUGCAAACACACCUGCAAAAAUAUCCCAGCCACAACUCGGAGCGGGACUGCGUUGGAACCGAACGAAAGAAGAAGGCGGAAAAAGAGGAAAAGUCAACUUACCUCUACAAACAUCUGUUCGAUCUGUUGCAAAAGUUUACCGAAAACGACAAGGGCCGCAUCAUGCUGAAGGAAAUAAGUAAUUUCGUGGAUUUUGUUCGGGCGCUGAUUCCGAAACUGAUAACCAACGAAGAGCAGAACAGUACUGUAGAAUAUAUCGACCAUAAUGUGGCGGACGUGUUACGCCUGAAUCAUGGCAAGUACCGACUGAAGCUAUCUUCCCUGGCGGAGGAGUACAAGAAACUGAAUCACACGGUGAGCCUUUUGAACAACAAUAAUCCCACCGAUAGCGGAAACAACAUCAGCAACGGCAUAUCUGCCCACAACGGAACGACUCCCCUGGUAACAAGCACUCCAAACGGCCACGUUGAUCGGCAAUCGUUCAGCUUCAACGCCGAUGAAUUGCUGAACCAGUCCAGCUCAUUUCCCAGCUUAAGCACACUGGUCAAUGAACAUAACCUAUUGCUGCAUUCGAACAACAACAAUAACAUCAUCAACAACAACAACAACAUUGCCGUCAACCACCAUCAGCACAACAACAAUCACUACCUGCCCCAGCAAAACGGCCACCACGGCGGGGGUGCUGUUCUCUACAACCAUCAUCACCAUCUGCCGCUGAUUAAUUCUAGCUGCCACGACGACGCAAUGAACAGUCUGUCCGGGUUGUGCAAAUCACCGGUGCAGCAUUCCGCCUCCGGAAUGGUCAAUAUGGCGCUGAAUCUCUACUGAGGUGCGCACGAAAGGAUAAAGGUGUAUAAAGAAGAAACAGGUGAAAAAAAAAAAACAGAAACAAAAACAAAAGUCCUUAAACACAGGCAAACGUACGAGAAUACAAAAUUACGUUCUAACACAAAAUAAGCAAAUAAUACAAAGUAACGUGGUUUUAAAUUGAAUCUAAUCAGAAUACAAAGAAGGAUAAUAAAUUAAUUGGA